AGCUGUGUGUGACAGUGAGUUAUUGAAUGUUUGAUUUUGAUAAUUUUUACAAAACAGUAAAGUAAUUGUGAUAAAAAGACAUCAAAAUGAAUGGAACAGAUGCAGCAGACUUAUUAAUGAGACAUAGUUUUGAAGAGAAACUUAGGAAAUACGAGGAAAGCUGUGGAACAUCAAAUAACAUAUUGACGGCUACAAGAAUCCUUGAUAUUCUAGAGCAGAUGUCUUCUAUGAAUGAUUUUUCGCUAGAAGAGAAAUAUGAGAAGUAUGUGGUGGCUGACAAAACAUGUUUAAUAUUUAAAAGGAACACCAUUCUAGAUCCAGCAAUACUUAUUUUACCUCGUGAGGAAUAUUUUGAUACUCUAAAUUUUAUUCAUGAAAGCUGUAAUCAUGGCGGAUGUAAGAAGAUGAUAGAAAUUUUUAGGCACAAAUAUUAUAUACCAAUAAAAGCUGUAGAAAUCUUUAUAGAUGUUUGUCCUACAUGUGGCCCAACGAAUUCCGUGGCUAGCUCGAUCAAAAAAUUACAUUCGAUUGAAGGUUUCAAUAUUAAAGGUGAAGUUGAUAUAAUAGAUUUUCAACAAUGUCCUGAUGAGGAUUAUAGAUGGUUGCUCAAAUAUCAAGAUCAUGGCACGCAUUUCUUGAGCCUUCGUCCAUUAAGAACAAAUGAACCAAAGGAAAUUGCCACAGAACUGAGUAAAAUAUUUUUAACAUUUGGUCCUCCAUACAUAUUGUGCUCUGAAGUACACGAGAAAGAAUUCAUCGUUAAAAUUUUAAAAGAACUCAAGUUUCAAUGGCCUGAUUGUGUAGCUGUAGGUUCCAUUGAUAAUGUUCACAGAACUGGCCAAAAUCUAGAGAGUAACAAAUCUAUUGUAAAUAGAUUGCAAGCUUGGAUGAGAACAAAUAAUUCAAAUAAGUGGUCAUUAGGAUGUUACUUUAUCCAGUUCCAAAAAAAUGCUUCAUUUAAUUACACAAUUUCUCAAUCGCCAUACAGAUAUGUAUUCUGUCGAGAUCUUACAGCUGGUCAAGAUGGCACAGUCUUCUCUUCCAGAAUUCUCAUAACAGGAAGAGAAUUUACACCAUUACGGAUGCGAAAGGAAAAGAAACGCGAGAGUAAUACAUUAAUUGCACUCAAACCUACCGAAUGCACCAACACUGUCAAUCCUUUUGAGACGACUAUAGAUAAUCAUAUUAUAAAGUCCGAUGUAGAGACAACAGAGAGAGAACAGUUUGAGAAAGCUCAAAACCCAAAUGAAUAUAUUAGCAUUAAAUCUACUGAAUUCAUACUGCCAUUUGAAAAUAGUGAAUCACCACAAGCAUCCCAUAAUGAAAUGAAUAUCUCAGAAAAUAAACCUACUUUUUUAUAUACGCCGAAUGAAAUGGAUGGAUAUAUUGAUUUUCAAAGUGAUUCCAAUAUUCAAAUACUUGCCGUGGAAAUUGAAUCCGAGGAAGAGAUUAUGAGUGAAACCAAAGACUGUGUCGUGUGUUAUGCAACUUGUGAAGAUAAAAUGAAGAAAUGUCACAUAUGUAAAAACAAUAUUCAUUUGUCAUGUGGAAUAAGAAUUAUGCGCAAACUAACUUGUUUUAGAUGCAAAGAAGUUCAAGAAAAAUCAGACAAAGAAUAUUAUAAAAAGCGUGUAGCCAAUAAAGUUACAGAAAUUAAAUCGACGAAAAAGGUUUAUUCACCAGCUAAUGAUGCAAAGGGUCCUCGUGAGCCAGGGCGCGAUCAAGGGUUUUUAAACACAUUCAUCAAUUUUGUUACGGAUUGUUCCUAGUUUCAUUACAAACUUGUCUAAGAAAGAUAACUCUUUUAUUGCAUGAUGAAUAUUACUGCAUUGGAUCUUGAAUUAAAAAGUAAUCUUUUGUUUUAAACUAGUUAUACAGGGUAGCCAGGGAGUUGACUUUGAAAGCUAAAAUUUAGAUUCCUUACAAAAGAUGUAUCUAAAUCAUCAUCCCCAUGUAUAUUCUACGAUUUUGUUUAGUUUAGGAGAUAUAUUUAAUGGUUACCUGUGGUUGGUUUUUAAUAUUUUUCUCACUCUGGUGAGCACUUUUAGUUUGUUUUUACUUACUUACGCUAGAUAAGCUUCCAGAGUGAGAAAAAAAAAUAAAAACCAACCAUAGGUUAAAGAUAAAUCACAAAAUUAACUCUGUCUUCUAAACUAAGCAAAAUCGUAGAACAUACAUGGAGGUGGGUGAUUUAGAUACACCUUGAUGUAAGGAAUCUAAAUUUUAGCUUUGAACGUCAACUCCUUGGCCAACCUGUAUGUAUGUACAUAUAUUUGAAAAUUAUAAAUAACUUGAAAAAAUCAGUUGGAAGAGCAGUCGCCCGGCAAGCGGAAGGUCGUGGGUUCAAUUCCCGCCUUAGGCAUUUCGAUAUUUUCAAGUUAUUUAUAAUUUUCAAAUUAGUUUGAGAUGCGACUCUUAACGCUAAAAAUUAAAUUACUAUGUAUGUAUAUUAUUUAAUUUUGAAAUUAAGUGUCUACAGCAUUUUUAACGUAGACCAUAUUAACCAUAUAACUUAACCACAGGUUAAGUUUGAAAACUAUGUGUAUUUGACUUGUAAUCACAAUAUUAUUGUAAUGUUAUUAAUACAAACAAACUAUACUACACUCGCGAGCAAAAGUAUGGAAUCACUUGCAUGAAGUUGUUUCCACGCGAUCUUGUGUACUAACGAAUUUGUUAGUAACAAAAAAGUGGCACCAUUUUAAAGAUUAAACUUUUAACUUUAAAUUGAUACCAAAUUAAUUUAAAUCACACCAGUAUUAAAAAAGAUAUCCCGGCUGAUGUGAAGAAGUAAAAAAAAAGACAUGUAUCGACUGUUUGAUACGUCGCGAGUUGCGGCCUAUUUACCCCCUAAAAAGCACGUGUUUUCGGAUUUUUCACAGCCCGCUGGCUGAGCCCUGCUUGCAAUAGUGCAACGAUUUGUGCUGCUUUUGAAGGAGUAGAUUCCCAGGUAAAGUGUAAAAGAAGCGGAGAUGUGUAUGGAUCAACGUGUGAAAGCAAAAAUCCGAAAACACGUGCUUUUAUAGAGGGUAAAUAGGCCGCAACUCGCGACGUCUCAAACAGUUGAUACAUGUCUUUUUCUUUACUCCUUCACAUCAGCCGGGAUAUCUUUUUAAAUACUGGUGUGAUUUAAAUGAAUUUGGCAUCAAUUUAAAGUUAAAAGUUUAAUCUUUAAAAUGGUGCCACUUUUUUUGUUACUUACAAAUUCGUUAGUACACAAGAUCGCGUGGAAACAACUUCAUGUAAGUGAUUCCAUACUUUUGCUCGCGAGUGUACAUUAAUUACAUUUAAUAAGUUUAUAAAAAAACAUUAUAAUAGCAUAGUAGGUUAAUGUUAUUUAAAAAUAUAGCAUAGAUGAUGAGCUUGAUGAA